AUGACUCAAAACCACUUCCGACACCUAUUCGAUGGAUCUGAGAUUGUUGUGGCCGGAAAACUGUCGGACAACAAUAUCAAUAAUUUGUUGGUGGAGGUGUCUGCACAAGGGUCCAGUGACGACUUUCAGGUCCAAGGCCAGGCGAAGGCAGAGGACUGGGGUGUGAUCUACCCAGACGAGGAAUACAUUUUUGGGAACUUCACGGAGCGCUUGUGGGCGUACCUCACUAUACAGCAGCUUUUGGAUAAGAGUGACAUUGGCACCGUGCUGGAGAAAGAGGAAAGCAAAGAUAGGGCCCUGCACAUGUCUCUGGAAUACGGCUUUGUGACUCCUCACACCUCAAUGGUCGUAGCCAAGCCUCAAACUGAAGACACGCUGGUGGCAGAUAAACUGACGGAGACUCAGAGACAACAAGCAGAAAGGGCUCAGGGCAGUACUGCAGCGUCUGGAGUCAGAGGAGGAGGAGGAGGAAGAGGAGGAGGAAGAGGUGGUGGUGGAGGAGGAGGAGGAGGAGCUGAUGGAGACCCACAUUUCAUGAUUGAGCUGCCUGAAAGAGAUGAUGCUCUAUGCUUCAACAUCAACCAUAAACCAGGAACCAUUUUCAACCUUGUGAGGGACCCUAAACCAGGAUUCAUCGUCAAUGGAGAGAUUAUAGGAAAGCACAUAGCGGGAGACACUGGUAAUAUGAAAACAUACUUUGGCCGAUUUGGCAUUACCCACGAUGCACUGGGGGUGAGGCUUGAGGUGAGCACUCGAAGCAUCAUUGUGACGCAGGAUGGAGAGCAGACAAUCCUGCUCUGGUCUGAUUCGACAUCAGUGCAAUGGCCCAAUGUUAAAAUCAAACUGACUAAAAACUGCAGCCUGACGGUAACUAUGCGUCACUCUGUCAAGUUUAUGGUCAUCAAACACACAAAGCUCUGGAAGAGACGCCACGAUCAGCAAAGUUAUCUCGGCUUCUACAAUCUGGAAACUCAGCACCUGUCCCCUUCAGUUUAUGGUCUUCUGGGUCAGUUUUAUCAUGGAGUGAAUUUUGAGCUGACAGACCGGGAUCAUGGAGCGAGUACCAUGUUUGUUAAAGGACGUGCCCUAUAUGUAACCAGACACUGGCAGAAGGACUUCAGCCGGGACGUGACAGCUGGACAAAGCAUUGGUUGUUGGUUCGUGGGAAACAAUGGCACAGGGCUCAUAGAUGGAGUCGCUUCUGACUACAUUGUGCCAACCCUCUUCGAGAACUUCUGGGAUCCGAAAGAGGAACUCAAGAAUCUGCAAUCAUAA